GGAAGGAGGAGGCCCCAUCCACACCUCCCCGCCAACGCUGCGUGCUGGGGCAAAGCCGUGUGCGAGCGGGGAGCGUGGGACGCCAUGGCCGAGCGGCUGUCGGAGGAGCAGAUCGCUGAAUUCAAGGAGGCUUUUUCCCUUUUUGACCGCGACGGCGAUGGCUGCAUCACCACGAAGGAGCUGGGCACUGUCAUGCGCUCACUGGGGCAGAACCCCACCGAGGCGGAGCUGCAGGACAUGGUGGGAGAGGUGGACGCGGACGGCAGCGGCACCAUUGAUUUCCCCGAGUUCCUCUCGCUGAUGGCGAGGAAGAUGAGGGAUUCAGACAGCGAGGAGGAGAUCCGUGAAGCUUUCCGUGUCUUCGACAAGGACGGUAAUGGUUACAUCAGCGCGGCGGAGCUGCGGCACGUCAUGACCAACCUGGGCGAGAAGCUGACGGACGAGGAGGUGGAUGAGAUGAUCAAGGAGGCAGAUUGCAACAAUGACGGGCAGGUCAACUACGAGGAGUUUGUGAGGAUGAUGACGGAGAAGUGACCUUCAUUCCCAGCCCACAGGGAAAACAGAGACCACGGCUGUCCCCCAGACCCUCCAUCCCCUACUGCCUUCUCUCUGCCAUCCUGGGGUGAAAAAUGAUCUUUUAUCCCAACUGGAGCAUCGCCAACCUACGUCUGUGUUGGAUGCAGGACAGGGUCAUGACAGCUUGGGAUGACGACAGACAGUGGGGGGAGGACCCUCCUGCUUCCACCCUCAAGAUGUGCCUCUUGUGUUCAUAGAGGUGAUAGUGGUCAUUGCUCAUCCAUGAGAAAUGUGCUGAGUCCAAUAAAAUGUCCCCCUGU